AUGCUUUUUUUUAAAAAAUUUAAAGUGCUUGUUUUUUUUUUUAUCAGUUUAUUUGUUAUUAUUUUUAAUAUAAAUAAAAAUUUCUGUUAUUCACAAUAUAUAAAAAACAAGUAUAUAUGUAUAGAUAAAUUUUAUGUAUUGGUUAAAAAUAUUAAGAUUGGUGGAUAUAUAAAAAAUGUAUUUUAUUUGGGUAAGCCUUUUUACGGAUAUAUUCAAAACAACUGUUUCAAUAUAAAAAUAUUUAGAUCACUACAUCUUAUUGGAAAAAAAAAAAAAAAAAUUUACUUAAAAAAUAUUAAAAAAAAUAAAAUUAAUGAAGAAUACAGAAAAGAAAGCAUAAGUGAAAUUAAUGGGAAAAAUGAAAAUGUGAGUGAAGGAAAUCACAACGGUUUAAAUAUAAAAGGUAAUGAAAAUAAAAGUAAAAGAAAAUUAAUAAAAAAAGAUGAUUAUGGAUUACCAACGGAAGCAUUAAAAAUUCAAAGAUUGCCUAAUAGUAAAAUAAAAUCAAAAUAUAAAUACUGUAAAGUAAAGAAAUACAGAGAAACGGUAAAUAUAAAUUAUAAAAAAAAAAAAAUUUUAAGUAUUCAUGGAGGAACACUUAAAAACAAAAAAAUUUAUUCUCCAGAUACAUACACUAGACCUAUGAUGAGUAAGGUCAAAGAAUCGAUUUUUAAUGUCUUAACGCAUCUAGGAAUAUUCAAUUGUUAUAAUAUAAAUGUAAUUGAUGUAUUUAGUGGGAGUGGAAACCUAGGUAUUGAAUGCAUUUCUAGAAACGUUCAAAAUGUGACUUUUGUUGAUUUAUCUAUAAAUUCAUGUAAAACUAUUUAUGAAAAUUUGAAAUUAUGUAAUUUGAGUCAUUUAGAUAAUAGAAUUAUACGAUCAGAUGCAAUAGAAUUAUUAAAAAACCCGUUUAAAUUUGAUUUACAAGAUAAAUUUCACUUGGCAUUUUUCACUCCACCUUAUGAGCAGAUCAUAUAUAGUAAUUUAAUUCAUAGUAUAUCAAAAAGUCAAUUGUUUCAUAAUGAUAGCCUUAUUUUUAUAGAAUAUCCUAAAGAAAUAGAAUUAUUACCUCAAAAAAUUGAUAAUUUGAUUGGUUUAAGAAACAGAAAGUUUGGCAGAACUUAUUAUUCGUUGUAUGUCUUAAAUAGCACAGGCAAAUAUAUUUCAAAUGAAAAAAAAAAAGAAUUUUAUCCUUUACAUUAUAAUCGUAAACAGCGUCGACAAGAAAAAUAUAUUUAA